AUGCCUUUGGGGUGUGCAGCAGCCGUUGUCGCGGCCAUGGCGGCCGUGCUCAUGAAAAGCCAGGGAAUUGCCAGUGAGAAUUGGGGCUGGCUACAUUUGCCAGCGGCUGUGUUCCCCAGCCUUCACCAGUUUUUGGAGGACGAGUAUGAACCUCUGGUUGAGAAGCACGAAGAAACUUGCCGGACCACGGUUGAGGAAGUCUCUCCCUCGGCCUAUGCCAACGGUACGGUUCCGUCCUGGCCCACGGUGUGCAGGAAUUGUGUCUCGAAGGAGGGUGCGAAGUUCAAGGUCCUCCAGCUGUUCGGGAACAAGCGCCAGGAUCGCUUUCUGCCCUGUGAGAUGGAGGCCAAGCCGGUGCUGGGUGAGAUGCCGCCGUGCCUGGACGUGACUCUCAACGAGUCGAUCAAGACUCUGAACCGUGACAAGGGGUGGCUAGUUUUUACCCAAAACCUCCGUGGGGAUGCAGGCAUCGAGGAGGCCAACUUGUCGAGGAGCCUCGGAGCAGCGCCCGAGCUGCUGAAGCUCGAUGAGAUAAGCGCCAGCCCAGCAGUUCUGGCUUUGAGCGUCGGGAACACUACUCCCGUGGAAGACUUCCACAGCCACUUCGACUUCUUCAUGUUCUUUAACCUUGCGGGCACGAAGCUGUUUCAGCUACUGCCACCCUUCUUCAUGGGACGGGCGCAAGUGGCUUGGAGCGGCCUCUCCUUCGUCUCGCAGAAGUGCCCCAAGACGAGCUGCAUCAUCGAGGUGGUGCUGCAGCCCGGUGAUGUACUCGUCGUGGACAGCUGGUGGUUGCACCGCACGGUCCCAAUUCCGAGUGGCACCCCGGACCCUGCUAGCCACAUGGGCUACGGCCGGCAUCUGGCCAAAAGAACAAGCCUUGCGGGGCAGCUUGACAACAUGGCACAACGGCUUUUUGGUCCGCAUUCCUGGCUUGAAAGGUUGCUUGUGGGCAAGCCGGUCUUGCCACCGUACGCCUGA